AUGCCGCGUCCCGAAGAUAUUACGGAACAGCAGAUGAAGGAUGCCUUUCCGGAAAGGGACCCGGCGAAUGUGACGAAUUGGUAUGGAACCAGUUUGUAUGGUUGGGACGGAUGCGAUGACAUUAACAAGCUCAUCAAGGGAUGGAUCAAGGAGGCGUACACUGACGCUAAUAAGUUGGUAAACUAUGAUGGCGUAAAAAGCAAUAUCAACUGGGAUUCCGCUGCCGCUCUAGAGUACCUGGGACCUUCUGCUUACAACAAAGACCAGCAAAAGCAGAUUCAGGCUGUGUUUGCAAAUGUUGCUACAGUCAAAGAAGGGAUAUCCUGGUGGACACCUAAUUGGAUCCGUGUACGUUGCGACGAUCCUGCAGGGCUCUGCUCCAAAAAAUGUCCAACAUCUCAAGAGAACAAAGACCCAGCUGUUGUCUUAGCCUAUGCCCGCAACCCGGUGCAGGCUGGCGAAAAAUAUCCAGACAUCAGUUUCUGUCCGGAGUUCUACGGGCUCAGAAAUCUCGGUAAUGCCAUCGCCUAUGGGUCGGGGUUUAGUAACCCCAACAUGAAAAACGAUCUCAGCAACUAUGAGGGGCGAGCGAACACUUUUCUGCAUGAGCUGAUGCAUCUUGACCUCGCGGCGGACUCCGUCAAGGAAAGCCCGAACCCACACAUCCGCGACCUUAAGAUUAAAUUCACCUAUAUCAAAGACGGUGAGAUAAAAACUUCUGGAUGGACCAAAGCGUACGGACCCAGCCUUGCAAAGAUUCUAGCGCGCUUCCAGCCGAUUAGCAUCUCUUCUCCACAGACGGGCUACUUUGUCCAGCGCAACGUUGACAAUCUCGUCAGUUUCGCGCUGGCAAACUACGUGCAGAAUCAAAUCAGAUCGUACCCGUUCCUCCCGAUAGUCUACGACAUUAUCAAGGGCGGGCCCAUGCUGCCGCCCAAACGCGAGUCCACAGAUCCUUUUGUCAUCUUUGCCGCCGACGGCGAUAAACCUGUCUCGUUUGUCAACUUCACAACCGCGGACAAUGGAGGUGCCAGACAGCUAGAAGACGGCGGUGAUUGUCCUACCGUCCUUGAGAACGACAGUGGAGAAGACCUGGAGAUUGGUGCUCCCAUUCCUUCUGAUCUGUACCCCAAGUCAUACUGGGAUGAACGUAACAAAUGGCUCGAGGCAAUUAAGGGUGAGGACUCUUCGAAGACGUGCAAGCUAGCCAUCAGAGAAAUUUGGACUUGCGAGCCUGUCGAAUCGAAUCUCUACGCAUCGGUCAAGAUCACGGAUGCAUAUGGCGACGAGAUCUAUGCCUCGCCACAAUCUACGCGUACUCCUGGACAACCUAUCAACGACGCGAAUCCCCUAUCGCUACAGAAAAAUGGAAUGAAGAAUGCGUUGGUGAUUACGGGAGAGCACACCAAUGAUUACAUCCAGUUCGCGUACGGAUCGACUUUUUGGACAUCAGGGACAAAGGACGGAAUUGUGCAUUGCACGCUGAGAGGAGAUGAUUGGAACAAGAGUGGCCCGCCAGGUUGUCCUGCAGCACCAGCUAUUUCACGAGAUUUUGAUUGCGAAUUUCCUUGCUAG